CGAGAGAUAUAGAAGAAAGUCAGGAGAGCGCUCUCCUAGGGGAGCCUCCAAAGACACGGAGGACGGAAAUGACCCACCCCUGUGGUCACUUACUCCAAAGGCCCAGACCUUCCAAGUGCAGAGACCUAGCCACCGCGCCUUUCUUUUUGCCCUGAGAAAGGAGAAGAAAUGAAAGUGGGGCGUGUUCCCAUCACUCCGCAGAAGGAGUGUGUCUGGGUCGCGAUCUGCAGGGAUGGGAGGCUGCUGGCUGUUACCCUCCUGCUGGCCCUGCUGUCCAGCGGCCUCACGGUGGUGUCCUUAUACCGGUUUGCCGCUCUGCAAGCCGACCUGAUGAGCCUGCGCAUGGAGCUGCAGGGCUACCGGGGUGCACAAGCACCAGCCGCCCCGGGGGCUCCAGGGGCCACCGAAGCAGCCAAACUCCUGGCACCGGCAGCUCCGCGAGCCCACAACUCCAGCAUCGGCCACAGGAACAAACGCUCUUUCCAGGCUCCGGAGGAAACAGUCACUCAAGACUGUCUGCAGCUGAUUGCGGACAGUGACACACCGACGAUCCGAAAAGGAUCUUACACAUUUGUUCCGUGGCUUCUCAGCUUUAAAAGAGGAAGCGCCCUGGAGGAAAAAGAGAACAAAAUAGUGGUGAAGCAAACGGGUUACUUCUUCAUCUACAGCCAGGUUCUGUACACAGAUACCAUCUUUGCCAUGGGACAUCUCAUCCAGCGGAAGAAAGUGCACGUCUUUGGGGACGAGCUGAGCCUGGUGACCCUGUUCCGAUGUAUUCAGAAUAUGCCGAGAACGCUGCCCAACAACUCCUGCUACUCGGCUGGCAUCGCCAGACUGGAAGAAGGAGACGAGAUUCAGCUGGCCAUCCCUCGAGAGAACGCGCAGAUUUCCCGGGACGGAGACGGCACCUUCUUCGGGGCCCUGAAACUGCUGUGACCCACUCGCUGGAUCGUGUGGCCCCUACGCUCCUCUCCUCCGUGCCUCCGAGGGGAACGUGAACAACUGGGAAUACCAAAAGAGGGGGACGCCACCACCAGACCUUUGCUUGUGAGCUGUUUAUUUUGGUUCACCGAAUCUGGUCCAACCCAGGAAAUUUGACAGACAACCACAAUCAAAGUCUGUCGUGUGAAUGAUGAGAAAUGGAGCCCGCAUUCUUAAAGCCAGGACCCGGGAGGCAGGCUGUGCUCCGCGGUCUAAGCCAACGUGCACCAUGCCCUCGGGUCUCCUCCGGAUACACACGGUUCAGAAGGCCAGGAGACUUCCUCAGUGGUGGGCUUUCGCAAUUCGCGGUGAGAAGAGGGUCCGUAUCUGUGGGUCACUGAAACAUUCGUGCAAAGUCUCAGGAUUUAUCUUCUCUUUUCACAUUAAAUAGACUCUUCUCUUUUCCAGUUAACACUA